AUGUGUCUCAGACUAUCGACUGAAGCAUCAAGGGAACAGAUAUCUGAUCGAAGAUCUGAGUCUUCUUCUUCUUCUUCUUCUUCUGAGAGAGAUAUGAGUGAGUCGAUCAAGGAAGAACGAAGAUCUGAGUCUUUGAGUGAGAGAGGGAGAGAGAUGAGUCACUCCUCGUCGUCAAGAAGAGCAGAGACAUUGAGGAGUGAGGAUCGAUCAAUUUUGGGGAAAAAUGCCCUAAAGUCUGUCUUUUAUAGAACUUAUAUUGACCCGUCCGGUUCAUCAGGUUUUUCCGGUUCAAUUGCUCGAACGGAGAGUCCUAUUUUGCAUAGGAGAUCUGGAGAAAGAGAGUGA